AUGGACCUACCUGUGAGGCCAAGAUUGGCCUCUCUCAGUGACUUUCAGUUUGGAGCUGUUGCCACAGAGACAAUCGAAGACGCUCUGCUCCACUUGGCCCAGCAGAAUGAGCAAGCCGUGCAGGAGGCUGCGGGCCGGAUGGGCAGCUUCAGGGAGACCCGGAUCGUGGAGUUUGUUUUUCUCCUGUCUGAACAAUGGUGUCUGGAGAAAUCCGUGAGCUACCAGGCUGUAGAAAUCCUAGAAAGGUUUAUGGUUAAGCAGGCAGAGAAGAUCUGCAGGCAAGCCACAAUCCAGCUGAGAGACAAGACAGAGCCUCAGAAUUGGAGGGCUCUGAAAGAGCAGCUUUUCAACAAGUUUAUCCUGCGUCUUGUGUCAUGUGUACAGCUGGCAAGCAAACUUUCCUUCCACUACAAAAUAAUCAGCAACGUUACAGUCCUGAAUUUCCUCCGGGCUCUAGGGUAUCUACACACUAAAGAAGAACUGCUGGAGUCAGAGCUUGAUGUUUUGAAGUCCCUGAACUUCCAAAUCAAUCUGCCUACUCCCCUGGCAUAUGUGGAGAUGCUCUUGGAGGUUUUAGGAUACAAUGGCUGUUUGGUGCCAGCCACACAGCUGUAUGCAACCUGCCUGACCCUACUUGACCUAGUCUAUCUUCUCCGUGAACCUGUAUAUGAGAGCCUGCUGAGGGCUUCAAUCGAGAACUCCACACCCACUCAGCUGCAAGGGGAAAAGUUUAUUUCCGUGAAGGAAGACUUCAUGCUGUUGGCAGUAGGAAUCAUUGCAGCAAGUGCUUUCAUCCAAAACCAUGAGUGUUGGAGCCAGGUUGCGGGCCAUUUGCAAAGCAUCACUGGCAUUGCCUUGGAGAGCAUUGCCGAACUCUCUUAUGCAAUCCUGACUCACAGCGUGGGAGCCAGCACUCCAGGUCGACAGCAGCCUGUUCCUCCCCACCUGGUGGCCAGAGCACUGAGGGCUGCGACUUCUCCAACACAUGAGGCAGGCAGAAUCCGCCCAAAAUAAACAGCCUUCUGUCACUGCACUCAUCUCUCCCUUUCCUUCCUUUCAUACUCAGCGUACAGAAGUUCCAAGUAUCUUCUGAGCUGUGUUUUAUAUUCCAAC